AUGGACAGAAUGGAAAGAACUCAGGAAGAGAUGAGAGAACAGUUAGCAAAGAUGAUGGAAUUGAUGAUGAGUCUCAGUAAAGGAAAAAGAGUGAUUGAAGAGCCAGCUCCGUCAGAAAACCCACCAGCACAAGACAGUGGAAACCAAAGGGAUGAUCCAUCCUAUCCCCCAGGGUUCACUCCACCACAUGCCCAAACCUCUCAAAGGGUUAACCCUCAAGUGAUGCCAUCCGUCUAUUACAAUGCACCACCCCUGCUAGGCCAUCAACCGACUCAUGGGCAAUUUGGGCCAUAUUCUGGGAUAAAUCCUGCUGAACCAAUAAAUGUCCCAGAUUUAGACGAUCCAAAAGAGCAAGAAAAACUAAGAAAGGACUCGUCACAAAUAGGGGAAAAUGAAAAAGAUCAGAAAAAGUAUGAUCUGUUGGAAGAACGUCUUUGUGCUAUCGAAGGAGUUGAUAGGUUUGGUACCAUGGACGCAACCGAGCUAUGCUUAGUGCCGGAUGUAUUGAUCCCUGCCAAGUUCAAGGUUCCGAAAUUUGAAAAAUACGACGGAACAAAAUGUCCCAUGGCACAUAUUACCAUGUAUUGUCUGAAGAUGGCUGCACAGUCUCACGAUGAUAAGUUACUGAUCCAUUUUUUCCAAGACAGCUUGACUGGGUCAACUGCUCGGUGGUACGUACAGCUAGAUCGAAACCGUAUUAAGACUUGGAAAGACUUAGCAAGAGCCUUCAUAGCCCAAUACAAGCAUGUGGCUGAAUUAGCCCCUGAUCGGUUGUCAUUGCAGACUAUGGAAAAGAAGCAAAGCGAGAGCUUCAAGGAAUAUGCCCAAAGGUGAAGAGAUACAGCAGCGCAAGUUCAGCCACCUCUCACUGAUAAGGAGAUGACUGUGUUGUUCAUAAACACACUCCGAGCUCCAUUCUAUGAGCGCUUGAUCGGCAAUGCCACAAAAAACUUUGCAGAUUUGGUUUUAUCGGGAGAAAUAAUAGAAUGAGCUAUCAAAAGUGGAAAAAUUAAAGGGUAUGAAAUUGCCAGCUCAAAGAAAGAGAGUACGCCCAAGAAGAAAGAAGGGGAUGUGCAAGCAGUCGCUCACGACAGCCAACAAGCCCACAACUUUAACCCAUAUUACCCGUACCCUCCAUACCAACCCUUCUAUCCGCACAUAGGCAACAUCGCACAAAACCCAUAUGUGUACCAACCUGUCCCGCAACCAACAUUUCAAACCAAUGUUCUUCCACAAACUCCACCACCAAGAUCGGUAGCUUCAACUAAUAACCCUGGCCAUGGUCAAAGAGGACCUAAAGCUACCCUAGAAAGACCAAAGUUUGAUCCUAUUCUAGUCUCUUACACUACAUUGCUGCCACAACUCAUAGAAAAUCGACUCCUUGCUCGAACCCCUUUAGAACCACUCCGACCACCUUUCCCGAAAUGGUAUGACCCGAAUGCCCAUUGUGAUUACCAUUUUGGAAUUCAAGGGCACUCAACCGAGAAUUGUACUGCUAUAAAACAUAAAGUUCAAGUGCUCAUUAAGGCAGGACUUUUAAAUUUUACCAAAAAAGACAGUUCGAGUGUUGAUGGGAACCCGUUACCUAACCAUGGAAGACCGACUGUGAAUGCCAUACAUGAAGGGAUGAUUCGAAGGGUGAAAAAGGGUAUUGAUGAGAUUCAAACGCCAAUGGAUAAAGUGUUCGAGGCGUUGUCCAAGAUAAAUGCCAUCACUCCAGAACCCAUCGACACAAAGGAAUUGGGGCAUGAUCUCGCUCAUUCUUGCAAAUUUCAUAUGGGGGCAAUUGAGCAUUCUAUUCAAAAUUGUGAUAGUUUUCUUGGUAAGUUGCAAGAAUUGAUGGAUUCAUCGGUAAUUGAGUUUUAUGAAGAAGUCGAAGAGAAUCUGGUCGGAACCAUAAAUGGAGACACCCCAGAUGAAGUGGCAUCGAGUUUAUUCGGGGCAAACAAACCUAAACCUCUCACCAUCUUCUAUGAAGAAAACAGAAGCCCGAUGAAUGAUACAUCCCCUACUAUGAUCAGGAGUGGUAUUACCAUCGAAGUCCCCAGCCCAUUCCCCUACAAGAGCGAUAAGGCUGUCCCAUGGAAUUAUGAGUGUAAUAUUUUGGGCACAGCUUCAUCCGCCCCUCAAGCAUCUUCUGAAGAUCUAACUGGUGUGGGGGCGGCUCCGAACAAUGAGGUCAAAAAUCCUGUUACCGAGAAAGAAGCGGGUGAAUUUCUCAAGUUUAUCAAGCACAGUGAAUACAACGUGGUAGAACAAUUAACCAAGAUGCCCGCUCGCAUCUUGUUGUUGUCCUUACUGUUGAAUUCGGAAGCACACAGGAACGAGCUGCUCAAAGUCUUGAACCAAGCUUAUGUGGCACCACAUAUAUCAGUGAAAAAGUUAGACCACAUCGUGGGGAACAUUACAGUGGGAAACUUCAUUGCCUUUAAUGAUGAAGAAAUACCAUCGGGUGGUCGAGGAAGUAACAAAGCGCUGCACAUUACCAUCAAAUGCAAGGACCAUGCCGUACCUAGGGUCUUGGUUGAUAAUGGUUCAGCUUUAAAUGUCAUGCCUCGCUCUACUUUAACCAAGUUGCCAGUAGAUGUGUCGUAUAUGAGAACCAGCCGCAUGGUUGUAAGGGCUUUCGACGGGACCACAAGGGAGGUGGUAGGAGACAUUGAACUACCGAUAAAAAUUGGCCCUUGCAUUUUUGAGGUCCAAUUUCAAGUCAUGGACAUUGCCCCGUCCUACAAUUGCUUGUUAGGGCGUCCAUGGAUUCAUAUGGCUGGAGCCAUACCAUCUUCCCUUCAUCAAAAGGUUAAGUUCAUAGCUGAAGGCCAACUGAUAAGUGUAUGUGCGGAAGAAGACAUACUGGCUAUUCAACCAUCAUCUGCUCCCUAUGUAGAGGCAACAGAAGAAGUCCCAGAAUGCUCUUUCAGAUCUUUUGAAUUUGUUAAUGCUACUUAUGUGGGGGAAAGGAAAGUGAUACCAACCCCUCGUUUGUCAGUAGCCACUAAAAUGGGAGUUAAGCAGACUGUGGGUAAAGGAUGCCGUGCUGGUUUGGGGUUAGGAAAGAAUUUACAAGGAAUUAACCGUCCUCUGGCUCCAAUGAAGAACGAAGAAAGGUUUGGUUUGGGGUACAAGCCUACCAAAGAAGAGAGAAGGAAACUGACAGCUCAAAAGAAGAUUAAAAGGAUGGCUCAACUUGAGGGAAAGGAAGAAGAAUUCGGGGAACGGACAAUCCCACACCUAUAUGAGACUUUUCGCUCUGCAGGUUUCAUUCAUCCCGAAGCGCCACCAAAGGUCAAUCAGGUUCUACGGAUAUUUGAUGAGCUAUCAAUCCAUAUGAUCAGAGAUGAAGAACCUGAUGGGAAGAUCCCUAUGGUGUAUCCAGUACUGCCAGGAGAGGAGCUAAGCAAUUGGACAGCCACGGAACUGCCCAUCAUCUUUAAGUCUUCCAAAAUGCCAAUAAAUACUUGCCCAUACACCCGUCCAACUUUACCUGUUUGCAGGUCUUUAAAUAAUGAACACGAAGACAAUCUAGACAACGAUUUGAAUAUCGAUUUUGAGAUAAUUCCGAACAUUGAUGAAUUGAAAAAUGAAGAGGAGGUGGAUGACUAUAGCUUACCCCCUGAUUUGUCGAGAAUGUUGGAACAGGAGGAAAGAGAGAUUUUACCUCAUCAGGAAUUCACAGAAAUGAUCAACCUCAGAAAUGGGGAAGAGAAGAAAGAGGUUAAAAUUGGCACCUCGUUGUCAUCUGAUGAACGAUAGAAGCUAGAAGAACUGCUCCGUGAAUAUGUGGACGUGUUUGCAUGGUCAUAUCAGGACAUGCCAGGUCUUAAUACUGACAUUGUUGUCCACAGGUUACCUAUGGGACCAGAUUACAAGCCUAUUAAACAGAAGUUCAGAAGGACGAAACCAGAAAUGUUGCUGAAGAUUAAAGAGGAAGUAAAAAAGCAAUUCGAUGUUGGAUUUUUAGAGGUGGCUAAGUACCCUGAAUGGGUGGCUAAUAUAGUUCCAGUUCCUAAGAAGGAUGGAAAAGUUCGAAUGUGCGUCGAUUAUAGGGAUUUGAACAGAGCGAAUCCGAAGGAUAGCUUCCCUCUGCCGCAUAUUGAUGCUCUUGUGGAUAACACAGCAAAACAUGCUUUGUUCUCAUUCAUGGAUGGCUUUUCUGGUUACAAUCAGAUUAAGAUGGCACCCGAAGAUAUGGAAAAAACAACUUUCGUAACCAUGUGGGGAACGUUUUGUUACAAAGUAAUGCCAUUUGGAUUGAAGAAUGCAAGCGCUACCUACCAAAGGGAAAUGGUAGCUUUGUUCCACGAUAUGAUGCAUAAAGAGAUAGAGGUAUAUGUGGAUGACAUGAUUGUAAAAUCUCAUACAGAAAGGGAUCAUACUGUCAAUCUCAAGAAACUGUUCGAGAGAUUACGGAAGUUCCAGCUCAAGUUGAAUCUUGCAAAAUGCACUUUCGGUGUAACUUCUGGGAAAUUGUUGGGAUUCAUAGUAAGUGAAAAAGGAAUUGAAGUGGAUCCAGAUAAAAUACGAGCUAUUCAAGAGCUACCACCUCCCAAAACGUAAAAAGAAGUGAGAGGAUUUUUAGGGAGGUUGAAUUACAUUGCUCGAUUUAUAUCCCAACUCACCUGCAGAUGUGAUCCAAUCUUCAAGAUGCUUCGGAAACGAGACCCGGGAGAGUGGAAUGAAGAAUGUCAAAUAGCCUUUGAUAAAAUCAAAGAAUAUCUCACAAAUCCACCGGUGUUGGUGCCACCGACGGUCGAAAAACCUCUUAUUUUGUAUUUGACUGUGAACAAGAAUUCUAUGGGAUGUGUAUUGGGACAACAUGAUGAAACUGGGAAGAAAGAACGAGCCGUAUAUUACUUGAGCAAAAAAUUCAUGGAGUAUGAGUCCAAAUAUUCUGCGCUCGAAAAGAUGUGUUGUGCGCUAGCAUGGACCGCCCAGAGGCUCCGACAGUACAUGUUGUAUCACACAACAUGGUUGGUGGCGAAAUUAGAUCCCAUCAAGUAUAUUUUUGAAAAACCCUGCUUGUCCGGAAGAUUAGCUCGAUGGCAAGUGCUACUGUCUGAGUAUGACAUUGUGUAUGUGUCCCAAAAAUCAAUCAAAGGGAGCAUCAUCGCUGAUUUUCUUACAGAUCGAGCUAAUGAGGAUUAUGAAUCUGUAAGUUUCGAUUUUUCAGAUGAAGAUUUGAUGGCCGUUUUGCAUAUAGAAGAGGGUGGUCCCAAUGAACUUAACCCAUGGAAGGUGUAUUUUGAUGGAGCAUCCAAUGCUUUGGGGCACGGAAUUGGGGCAGUAUUGAUUUCUCCGAAUGGAAAGUACUAUCCAGCCACGGCGAGAUUGAAUUUCAAUUGUACUAAAAAUAUGGCGGAGUAUGAGGCGUUGGUAAUGGGAUUACAAGCAGCAAUUGAGAUGAAAGCUGACGCGAUAGAUGUUUACGGAGAUUCGACUUUAGUGAUAUGUCAAAUGAAAUGUGAAUGGGAAACUAGAGAUCCUAAACUAGUUCCAUAUAAAAAGCUGGUUACAGAAUUAAGCAAACAGUUCAAAGAAAUCAUCUUCAACCAUUUGCCUCGAGAAGAAAAUCAGAUUGCUGAUGCUUUGGCCACCCUCGCAGCAAUGUUCAAAAUAAAAGAAGCGACUGAUAAUGAAAGAAAACUUAAGGUUUGGGUUAAAUUAGAGGAAAUCGCCCUGAAUGCUUGGCACGAAGAAAGCUUCAAGGUAAUUGGAGAUGCUUGGGGGACAUAUAUAAAGUCAGACAGGGACACGGAAGAGAAAUGGCACCUUAAUCAAGCCAUGAUCCUUGUUGAAGUUAAGUCCCUAAGGAACAUCAUGGCCUCUACCCAUGUGACAGUGAAUGGAAUGGAUUAUUUUAUGAAAACAUCGAUUGUUGAUGUUGAAAGAUGUGAUCUCAGAUGCAGAGCUGGAAAUAUAACGGAGGGGAUGUCCAAGUCGAAAAGGAGUGAAAAGUGGUCAGAGAAAGGUGAUCAAGUCGAAUGGGAAGAGAAAGAUGAAGGCGGGAUUCUCAAGGAAAAUUUUAAAAGAUUGGCUAUAUGGGAAAAAGAUGAUGUGAGAUCUCAGAGCAGGUCUAGUCAAAUUUCAGUUUCAUUGCAGGCAACGGAGUGGAAGGUGGAGACUAAGAGACAAUUAUUUGACUGGAAGAUUGAUCAGUGGGCGCAACUGCAAGAUUAUGGAGGGGAUUUGGAAAUCUGUGUGGGCGAAAUUAGCCCCCUUGAGCGUAGAGGUUUUUGUGUGGCAAAUGUUUUUGGGAAUGAAUGCAAGUUUAAUGGUAAAGAAUGGGACGCUGAACAAUUUCUCGAAUUGGUUAAGGUUAGGGUGGCAGCUUGGGCCUAUGCCAAAUGGCCAAGGGACUUUCCGUCUAUGUUAGAUAUCUACAGACAGCCUCCAAUUCAAAGUUUGCAUGGAAAAUCAAUGUUGGGGAGGAAACAAAUUAAGUGGGAAAUGCCGAAACCAAGCCAAAUGAAAUUCAACGUGGAUGGAGCAGCGAGAGGAAGCUCGGGUCCAAUUGGAAUUGGAGGCAUUCUCAAAUAUUCGAAUGGUGUGGUGAAAGUGACAUUCUCUAAGCCAAUAGGAUUAGCUAGCUAA